CUGAUUCUGAUUUCCGCCUCGUGCAGCCGUCUCGUGCAGCUAAGGUCCGUCGCUUAGCAACGGAACAAAACAUUCACGUCUUUGACGUCGUGCGUUAAAACGUCGUCGUUUCACAAAGCUUUACAAAAGCAUCACUGCAAUGUCGAAGCCGUCUCUGAAGAAAAAAGACUCCAGUCGUGACCUUUCACCUACUAAGGAGGCAUCUACACCGGCUUCUGGUGUUUCUGGGAGCUUCUCAGGGGAACAUUUGAGGAGCUGUGUCCCCAUCUGGCCCGAAUGGAACGAGACCGAAGUCAGUGCUGAGAAAUGGGACGCUGGCAAAGGGGCAAAAGACACCAAAGCUAGGAAGAGCCCUCUCACUCAAUUCUUCGAGGACCCAGAAGGAAGGGUUAAGAUCCCAGAGUCUCUGAACGUUCACACCUGGAAACGGCCCUCGGAGCACAUUGUUAACAAGGCUCCAGUUGUUAUAGAAAACGAAUCAACGUUCGAUCUCACUUCCGCUAACGAGCAUUUGCUGUCCAGUGAACUCAUGUGCCGGAUCAUCAGUGAGAUCUACAUUGUGUGGCGAGCGUGUGACAGACAGGCAGGUGACGACGACUCUCUCUGUGAGGAAACCUGGAGACCCUGGGAUCACAUCUACUCCCUGUGUAAAGCAACCAAGGAUCAUGUGGCUCUUUACAACGUCUACGGGAAAUACGUGGUCCGGCUCUAUUGGAUGGGUUGCUGGAGGAAGAUCACGAUCGACGAUUCUCUGCCAUUCGAUGAACAAAACAAUCUGCUGCUUCCUGCUACCACCACCCCGUCAGAGCUCUGGCCCAUGCUGCUAGCUAAAGCGAUACUGAAGCUAGCCAGUACAGAAGUUGUGCGAAAUCCCAGCAGAGAGCUGGAAGAGUUCAGCAUCGUGCACUGUCUGACUGGCUGGAUCCCGGAGUUUCUCCCUCUUAGUCCCAGGUUGAAACAUGUAGAAGAAACGUGGAACUACCUGAAAAAAGCCCUUCCCAUGUAUGAGAUGAUGGAGGAAAGGUCAGAGCUAACUCCAUCAGUCUGCAUCACUCCCACCAAGGACUCAGCGAGUGAGGAACUCUCCACAAAUAACGGAAAACAAAAAGGCAGUGGACCUCCUCCUGCUCCUCAGAUAGUCGUUUGUGCCAGUUUCCAGCCAUUGAACCUGCAGGAGAAGAAGACCUCCAUGCUGGGCCAGAUGGCAGAUGCAUCACAGACACUGCGACAGUACGGGCUCUGUCAGCUCACCAGGCACUCUGUGCUGCUGACGCGUACCAGGGACUGCCCCCUGGUGGCUGAUUUGAAGCCACCCCCUGCGCCUCACUCCAAAUUCAUCCGGACCGUUAAAGAAACAGCUAUUACAGAUGAACCUAGAAAGGACCAAGUCAAGAGGCCUGACUGGUACAUAGGCGUGGCCAGUCCUUUCAUGGACAUCAAGCUUGGCCCUAAAAUUGAUUCGGCUUCAUUCACGGUGUCAGAAGAGAUCAAGGGUCACAACUCCACUCGCCACCAUGACAACCGCAACUUGCCGGAUGCUACGGAUACCAAGGUAACAGCAGAGGACGAGAGGAAGGAUGAAAGUGUCGCUAACGAUCCUGAUUCGGGUCCCAAAAAGGAAACCACAACGGAGAAGGCCAAGUUUCAAGAAACAUGGAUCCAUGUGCAUGACUUCCCCAAGUGCUUCCAGACGUUGCUGGUUUUUCACAAGGAAAGCAGUUUCCCAUUCCAGUUUCAGAAGUCAGAAUUUAAGGCACAAGCUGAGAAGGACCACUACUUCCUGUCUGUAGAUAGCCUCCUGCCUACAGAGAUUCUUAUCUGUUUCUCAACACUGAUGCGUUGGGGAGAUAGCAUUCACGAGGAAAAGGACAUUCUCCCCAGACCUGGUCACCUGGGUGUUGAACCUUAUUCCUGGAAGAGCGUCCAGUUUCAGUUUCCCCUUCUGAUCAUCAACACCUCGUCCUGCAAAGCAGCUGUUCUUUCCCUUCCACCAGGGCGUCAUGUUCUCCGCUUUAACGUGUGGGUGCAGUUCGGUUUCCACGUGCAGCUCUACAGCAAGACAGAGUUCGUAUUCGGAGAAGAAGAGGCAGUGAUGCCACACCUAGAAAAGGAGAGUCUGAGGUUCUGUGAGCAGGCUCUGUCAAUCCUCAGAGCUCUUGGUGAAAUGGUCCGAUCCUUCACUAACGCAGAGGAACUCCCAUCAGCCACCAGGGCGCUGGAGGAGGCUCUGUGCCUGCCGUCCCUCAGCAAGCUAGCAGUCAGAGAGCACUGGAAGGACUUCAGUCAUGCGGUGUACCACAUGUUUUGCCAUGUACUGGAAAGAAAGCUGACGUCUGAGGAGCAGUUUGCAUUGCGGAGCCUGACAAGAGAGGCCACACCUCACUCCGGCGACACAAAGGACACCGAUGGUGUUCCAGAGGGCUGGAAUGGUAGGCAGGCCACAGAACAAGAAAAACAUGCAGCAACAGUUUUGCAGGCUGGCUGGAAGGGCUAUCUGGUGAGAGAACUUCUCAAUGCUGCAAGACCAGGUUCUGAGGAGAAUCAGAAAGUUGCCAAGACUCUGUUAGAGAUGUGGGAUUCUGUGGAAUCGGACAUGGAGCGGCAUGCUGUGUUUUUACUGAGGUUCAUGAUCAUGGACAACGAGCACCUAUUGGACUCGUAUCCGUGUGGUGGGGAUGAGUGGACGAAAAUUACCUUCACUGAAUACUCUGUCCCUGUCCAAGAGACCACCAGUCCCUGGGUCCUGCUAUUUAGGGAGGUGUUCCAUGUUCCAAAAGCCAUAUUACUUGUGCCUAAGAUCUACUCAUCGUUUCCAUGUCACCUUCAUGUCGUCAACAACAACACUGGGGAGGAAGUACCGACAUUCUUCAACGGUGUAAUGCCGUUUACGUACACUUCAAAUAAGGCUGGCUACACAUGUGUGGCGUACACUAAAGGAACGACUGUAGCAGGAGGAACGUGUCGCCUGCGUCUGAUCAGUUCCCGAGAGCAACUUGCCCAGAUGGAAAGACAAGAACUGGUCAGCAACUUCAUAGUGAAAGAGUUCAAAGAUUACUACUUACCUAGCAAGAAGAACGUCAUCUGCAGGCAUGCGCUGAACGUCUUGAGCGACGUACACAUCACGGUGCAGUUCCAGGCUUCAAAGGAAGAUGUCUGUGUUAAACUCAGCAUCCUGGACCAUGAGAAAGAGGUGGCCAGCAAGACAGGCCAAGGACACGUUGUUAUCCCUGUGUAUUGCUUUUCAGCUAGUGGAGGUUCCUCAGGCAGUGCCGUAGAGAAGGCGGGGGAGAGUCAGUCUCAGGACAGCCCUGGAGGGGAUCACAAUGAAGGCAGAGGAGCCUCUGAGUGCCAGCCUGCCCAAACACAUCAUAAAUACAUUCUUCAAGCAGAGGUGCUUUACAACAGCUGGCCUUUGGAUGACUCACUGUCAGGCUUCAUCCAAACUCUAAGAGAUAAGGAGAGCAACGAGCUGCGAGUGUUCAGACACCUGAUCGAGGAAACACCUGUGAACGUGGAGCAAUCCCUUAGCACAUCCCAGAAAACGUCCGCAUCCAAAGCUGCCAAGACCAAAGACAAGGACAAAGACAAAGCCAUACCCAAGGCAGAAGUCAAGAUGGAAAAGAGUCUGGAUGAGAGUAAGCCACACUGGAUACUUCGUGUGGUCUGUGAGAAGACAGACGAAGAACAGGUCGAGGUAAAAAAGGACACUGAGAGACUUGAGCAAAUUAAGGCAAUGAAACUGGCCUGGGAAUCUGCAGAGCCUGGCAGGGCAGCUAAGGCUUUUGAAACUCGUCAGCAGUACCUGAAAAAUCUCAGCACACUCGGAGACCACACGUUGGACCUCACACCUUUCAUCAGGAGGACCAGCAAGCCUGAGCGUCUGAAGGAUGCAGUGAUGGAGGAGGAACAGCAGAGGGAGCAAUUGGAGAAGAUCCAGAGCUUUCGCCUGUACCGAGAGACGGUGCUGGAACGCAGGCGGCAGGAACAGGAGCAGACCAAGCAGCUGAUAACAGAGCAACAUGAACUGUUUAAAAAAAUUCAGGAGGAGAAAGCUGAGCUACUCCGGAGGUUUGACCAAAAUCGUGAGGUUAGUCGAACCUGAAACCUGGAGGAGCACAAGAGAGGAGAGCGGUGUAGGGAAAGAGAAGACAAGUCUCCAAAGAGAGAAGAAGUUUCUGUUUACUGAACCUAUGAAGCAGAUAUCAAACACCCGAUAAAUAAGAACCAAACAAAACAAACAUCAUGCAGAACGUCCUCACAUCCGUUUCCGUCUCUAGAUCCAUACGGAGACGUGAGCGCUUCCACUGAGGUGUUCUUCUCUAGUGUGAGGAAGCUGUUCAUUUGUACGGGAUUCGAAUAUAUGAGUUUUAUUUUUAACAGCGUGCGAUGAGACAAUGAGUCACCCUGCACU